AUGGAGGAGAAGUUGGGAAUGGAGGAGAAGAACCGAAGUAUGGAGAAGAAAUUAAGGAAGAAGAAGUUUACGAAGGAGACGAAGUCAAGGAAGAAGAAGAAGUUUAGGAAGGAGACGAAUUGCAACGUCCAAUAUUUGAAGGCUUUUGAGGAUGUGGGUGUGAGGGGGGAGAGGAGAGAGGAGAGGAAAAAAGCAUUUAUUAAAGAGUAG